GCUACCAUCAACAAUAUUUUUCAAAUAUAACAUCCUGGAUAGCUUCGUGUUUGACUCAGCCUUCAUUUAUUCAGAUCUCACCGUACCAUCGCGAUGGCAAACACCGCCCCUAAAGUCCCCGCAGAAGAGCGCCAAGAGGCUCCCGAGGCCGUCGACAAGAAGGCGGAAGCCCUCGCGAAGCUGAUACGGCGAAGCAAGCAUCUGAUCGUCUUCACGGGCGCCGGGAUCUCGACGUCUGCAGGAAUUCCCGACUUCCGCGGUCCUAAGGGCGUCUGGACGCUCAGGGCCCAGGGAAAACAGGUGACGGGCGCGGUCAACACCUUGCAAGCUAUACCGACGCCCACGCAUAUGGCGCUAGUCGAGCUGCAGAAUCGAGGGCUGUUGAAGUAUUUGAUAAGCCAGAAUUGUGAUGGCUUGCAUAGGAAGAGCGGAAUCCUGCCAGAUAGAAUAUCUGAGCUUCACGGCAAUAAUAAUCGCGAGUACUGCAAAGACUGCGGGACGGAGUAUCUCCGCGAUUUCCGAGCCGUGGCUUCAUAUGAAAAGACAGUCCACGACCACCGCACAGGACGGAAGUGCGCACGCUGCGAAGGCGCCUUGCUCGACAGCAUCAUCAAUUUCGGCGAGGCUCUUCCGGCCGAGCCUCUCCAACUAGCACGCGAUCACGCCGAGAAGGCAGACGUCUGCCUAGUUCUAGGCUCUUCUCUCACGGUGACCCCGGCGAAUGAGAUCCCGGAAACCGUUGGUCGGCGGAAGGGAACCAAACUCGCCAUCUGCAAUCUGCAGGAGACGCCGAUAGACGGGCUCGCAGAUCUGCGUGUUCAUUCUAAGGCAGACGAGUUGAUGGUUCGGGUGAUGGCUAAACUCGAUAUUCCCAUCCCGACGUUCAUCCUUCGAAGGCGUCUGGUCGUCCAGAUGGAGUCGACGGGCGGACGGCAGAAUCUCAGGGUCUACGGCGAGGAUGUUGACGGAACGCCGGCUACGUUCCUGCGUUCCGUAAAACUUGAGUAUAACAGGCGUGUGGUUCGUUCCGAGCCGUUCGUGAUAAAUUUCCGCGGAGACCUGGACGCUGGCACUGAGCUGAAGCUUGAGUUGGAAUUCAUGGGGAAUUAUGGCGAACCUAACCUGGAGAUCCCUUACGAAUACGUGGAUGGAAACCAUUCACAACUAUACCUUCUCGAAUACAAUCCACACACAGGGGAAUGGAAGACGACAAAGAAGGAAGAACCAGGCGUUGAUGCUUUAGCUGACAAUGUGGAAUCAGCUCUUGCGAUCAAUAAUUCCCCCGAGGUCAUAGUUAUUGAUGAUUAAUAAAUAUAAAUUUAUUUUACGGACAAAUCAUCCUAUGUACCAGAUCCAA